CAUUACUCAUGGGUUUUAUACCAUCAAAGUUUCCCAAAAACGACAGAUAGUUCAUGUAAAAAAAAAUCGCGUUUCCACAACAUUCCAUCUGAUUUGUUUGCGAUGUUAACAAGUGCAGAGUGACGUCGAUGUUUCCAUUUUUAGAACCCAUUUGAAAUUUAAUGCAAAACACAAACAAUCCCUGUUAUAUCAUAUUUUUUUCUCAUAUUAAUGGACAACACACAAGGGAAUAUCUACGAUCAAGAUGAUUCCCAGUCUUCAUCAGAGAGUUCAUUACAAGGUUGGAUUAGUUGGUUUUGUUCCUUGUCGGGCAAUGAGUUUUAUAUCGAAGUUCCUGAGGAAUUCAUAGACGAUGAAUUUAACCUAACCGGACUAUCAGCACUUGUUCCAUAUUAUACACAAGCAUUAGAAACUAUUCUAGAUAUGGAAAAUGGCGAAUUUUAUGACGAAGAAGAAGGGGAGGAAGACGAAGAAGAAGAGGAGGAGGAAUUCUACCCGAGCAAUUAUCACAAUGAUGAUUUUUGGAAAGAAGUAGAUAAAGUACCUAAACGUUUGCAGACAUCAGAUCCUGGAAUUAUUGAACCUUAUGCGUUUAUGUUGUACGGUUUGAUUCAUCAAAGAUAUCUACUAACUAGAGACGGAUUAAGGUUAAUGGCAGAAAGAUAUGCUCAUAGUGAAUUUGGUACAUGCCCACGAUAUUAUUGUGAUGAGUCGCCAGUAUUACCAAUGGGUUUAUUCGAUGAAACAGGCCGGGAAAGUGUACAUUUAUAUUGUCCGCAAUGUCGUGACAUAUAUAAUCCGCCUAGCUCAAUUCAUCAACGUAUCGAUGGUAUGUCUUUAUCGCAGGGAUAAUAACGGCCAAUAACAUUGUUUAAUAAUAGGUGCACAUUUCGGCUCAACAUAUUCCAACUUGCUAUUCCUCACUUACCCUGAAUUGACACCCACUAAUGUGAAGUCUCGGAUCUAUCAACCAAGUAUAUAUGGUUUCAGAAUAAGCCCUUUUUCACGAUCUGGUCCUCAAAACCAAUGGCUGAGAUUAAGACCCCAGCAAGAAGAACAGGUAAAACAAAAACAAGAUGACUAACAUGUAUGAAUAUUAAUCAAAAUAAAAAUAAAAAAGGAUGCGUUAGUAUGCCAGACA